AUGUACACGUUCCCUCGGUCAACUCUUGACCUCUACCUCCGAGGCCAACCUUCCUUGAGGUCACGUUUGACCUCUAGACCUGUCAAGGUGCUGCCUCCAGCCCCAGCCCCACGCUGCCUUCCCCCAGACCUCCAGCCCCAGCCUCACGCUGCCUUCCCUCAGACCUCCAGCCCCAGCCUCACGCUGCCUUCCCUCAGACCUCCAGCCCCAGCCUCACGCUGCCUUCCACCAGACCUCCAGCCCCAGCCUCACGCUGCCUUCCACCAGACCUCCAGCCCCAGCCUCACGCUGCCUUCCACCAGACCUCCAGCCCCAGCCUCACGCUGCCUUCCACCAGACCUCCAGCCUCACGCUGCCUUCCCUCAGACCUCCAGCCCCAGCCUCACGCUGCCUUCCACCAGACCUCCAGCCUCACGCUGCCUUCCACCAGACCUCCAGCCCCAGCCUCACGCUGCCUUCCUCCAGACCUCCAGCCUCACGCUGCCUUCCCUCAGACCUCCAGCCCCAGCCUCACGCUGCCUUCCACCAGACCUCCAGCCCCAGCCCCACGCUGCCUUCCACCAGACCUCCAGCCUCACGCUGCCUUCCCUCAGACCUCCAGCCCCAGCCCCACGCUGCCUUCCCCCAGACCUCCAGCCUCACGCUGCCUUCCCUCAGACCUCCAGCCCCAGCCCCACGCUGCCUUCCACCAGACCUCCAGCCCCAGCCCCACGCUGCCUUCCCCCAGACCUCCAGCCUCACGCUGCCUUCCCUCAGACCUCCAGCCCCAGCCCCACGCUGCCUUCCCUCAGACCUCCAGCCUCACGCUGCCUUCCCUCAGACCUCCAGCCCCAGCCCCACGCUGCCAUCUCCCAGACCUCCAGCCCCAGCCUCACGCUGCCAUCUCCCAGACCUACAGCCCCAGCCCCACGCUGCCGUCCCCCAGACCUCCAGCCCCAGCCCCACGCUGCCUUCCCCCAGACCUCCAGCCCCAGCCCCACGCUGCCUUCCCUCAGACCUCCAGCCCCAGCCCCACGCUGCCGUCUCUCAGACCUCCAGCCCCAGCCUCACGCUACCGUCUCUCAGACCUCCAGCCCCAGCCCCACGCUGCCGUCCCUCAGACCUCCAGCCCCAGCCUCACGCUGCCGUCCCCCCAGACCUCCAGCCCCAGCCCCACGCUGCCUUCCCUCAGACCUCCAGCCCCAGCCCCACGCUGCCGUCCCCCCAGACCUCCAGCCCCAGCCCCACGCUGCCUUCCCUCAGACCUCCAGCCCCAGCCCCACGCUGCCGUCCCCCCAGACCUCCAGCCCCAGCCCCACGCUGCCUUCCCUCAGACCUCCAGCCCCAGCCCCACGCUGCCUUCCCCCAGACCUCCAGCCCCAGCCCCACGCUGCCUUCCCUCAGACCUCCAGCCCCAGCCCCACGCUGCCGUCCCCCCAGACCUCCAGCCCCAGCCCCACGCUGCCUUCCCUCAGACCUCCAGCCCCAGCCCCAUGUUGCCUUCCCCCAGACCUCCAGCCCCAGCCCCACGCUGCCGUCUCUCAGACCUCCAGCCCCAGCCCCACACUGCCUUCCCCCAGACCUCCAGCCCCAGCCUCACGCUGCCGUCUCUCAGACCUCCAGCCCCAGCCUCACGCUGCCGUCUCCCAGACCUCCAGCCCCAGCCUCACGCUGCCGUCUCUCAGACCUCCAGCCCCAGCCUCACGCUGCCGUCUCCCAGACCUCCAGCCCCAGCCUCACGCUGCCGUCUCUCAGACCUCCAGCCCCAGCCACACGCUGCCUUCCACCAGACCUCCAGCCCCAGCCCCACGCUGCCGUCUCUCAGACCUCCAGCCCCAGCCCCACGCUGCCUUCCCCCAGACCUCCAGCCCCAGCCCCACGCUGCCUUCCCUCAGACCUCCAGCCCCUGCAUCACGCUGCCGUCUCUCAGACCACCAGCCCCAGCCCCACGCUGCCGUCUCUCAGACCUCCAGCCCCAGCCCCACGCUGCCGUCCCCCAGACCUCCAGCCCCAGCCUCACGCUGCCGUCUCUCAGACCUCCAGCCCCAGCCCCACGCUGCCGUCUCCCAGACCUCCAGCCCCAGCCCCACGCUGCCUUCUCUCAGACCUCCAGCCCCAGCCCCACGCUGCCGUCUCCCAGACCUCCAGCCCCAGCCUCACGCUGCCUUCCCCCAGACCUCCAGCCCCAGCCCCACGCUGCCGUCUCCCAGACCUCCAGCCCCAGCCUCACGCUGCCGUCUCUCAGACCUCCAGCCCCAGCCUCACGCUGCCGUCUCUCAGACCUCCAGCCCCAGCCCCACGCGGCCGUCUCCCAGACCUCCAGCCCCAGCCUCACGCUGCCGUCUCUCAGACCUCCAGCCCCAGCCUCACGCUGCCGUCUCUCAGACCUCCAGCCCCUGCCCCACGCUGCCGUCCCUCAGACCUCCAGCCCCAGCCUCACGCUGCCGUCUCUCAGACCUCCAACCCCAGCCUCACGCUGCCGUCUCUCAGACCUCCAGCCCCAGCCCCACGCGGCCGUCUCCCAGACCUCCAGCCCCACGCUGCCGUCCCUCAGACCUCCAGCCCCAGCCUCACGCUGCCGUCUCCCAGACCUCCAGCCUCAGCCCCACGCUGCCGUCUCCCAGACCUCCAGCCCCAGCCUCACGCUGCCGUCUCUCAGACCUCCAGCCCCAGCCCCACGCGGCCGUCUCCCAGACCUCUAGCCCCACGCUGCCGUCCCUCAGACCUCCAGCCCCAGCCUCACGCUGCCGUCUCCCAGACCUCCAGCCUCAGCCCCACGCUGCCGUCUCCCAGACCUCCAGCCCCAGCCUCACGCUGCCGUCUCUCAGACCUCCAGCCCCAGCCCCACGCUGCCGUCUCCCAGACCUCCAGCCCCAGCCCCACGCUGCCGUCUCCCAGACCUCCAGCCCCAGCCUCACGCUGCCUUCCCCCAGACCUCCAGCCCCAGCCCCACGCUGCCGUCUCUCAGACCUCCAGCCCCAGCCCCACGCUGCCGUCUCUCAGACCUCCAGCCCCAGCCUCACGCUGCAGUCUCUCAGACCUCCAGCCCCUGCCCCACGCUGCCGUCUCUCAGACCUCCAGCCCCAGCCUCACGCUGCCGUCUCUCAGACCUCCAGCCCCAGCCUCACGCUGCCGUCUCCCAGACCUCCAGCCCCAGCCCCACGCGGCCGUCUCCCAGACCUCCAGACCCAGCCCCACGCUGCCGUCUCCCAGACCUCCAGCCCCAGCCCCACGCUGCCGUCUCUCAGACCUCCAGCCCCAGCCCCACGCUGCCUUCCCUCAGACCUCCAGCCCCAGCCCCACGCUGCCGUCUCUCAGACCUCCAGCCCCAGCCCCACGCUGCCGUCUCUCAGACCUCCAGCCCCAGCCCCACGCGGCCGUCUCCCAGACCUCCAGCCCCAGCCCCACGCGGCCGUCUCCAAGACCUCCAGCCCCAGCCCCACGCGGCCGUCUCCCAGACCUCCAGACCCAGCCCCACGCUGCCGUCUCCCAGACCUCCAGCCCCAGCCCCAUGCUGCCGUCUCCCAGACCUCCAGCCCCACGCGGCCGUCCCUCAGACCUCCAGCCCCACGCUGCCGUCCCUCAGACCUCCAGCCCCAGCCUCACGCUGCCGUCUCUCAGACCUCCAGCCCCAGCCUCACGCUGCUGUCUCCCAGACCUCCAGCCCCAGCCCCACGCUGCCUUCCCCCAGACCUCCAGCCCCAGCCCCACGCUGCCUUCCCUCAGACCUCCAGCCCCAGCCUCACGCUGCCGUCUCCCAGACCUCCAGCCCCAGCCUCACGCUGCCGUCUCUCAGACCUCCAGCCCCAGCCUCACGCUGCCGUCUCCCAGACCUCCAGCCCCACGCUGCCGUCUCCCAGACCUCCAGCCCCAGCCUCACGCUGCCGUCUCUCAGACCUCCAGCCCCAGCCUCACGCUGCCGUCUCUCAGACCUCCAGCCCCAGCCCCACGCUGCCUUCCCUCAGACCUCCAGCCCCAGCCUCACGCUGCCGUCUCCCAGACCUCCAGCCCCACGCUGCCGUCCCUCAGACCUCCAGGCCCAGCCUCACAGGUUUUCCUGUUGCCUUCGUGUGA